AUGGCGAUGAAUCGAUUUUUGUGCAAAAAUUUGGGGGUGAAUACAAUACAAUGCUAUUAUAUGAUGGUAUUUAUAAUCGGAACAAUUUCUAGUAUCAUUUUAAGCAACUUGGGUAUGGAUAUCUACCGCAAAUUGAUAUCAUGCAAGGAUAACAGAGAUUACCUUCUAUUCCCCUUUGCCAUUCUAUGCAUUUUGCAAUGUAUCCUGAUUAUACCCAAAAAGUGUGGCUAUGGAUUAAUCAAUUCAUCGCAACAAAAAUUUCAGAUGAAUCAAACAAAAAUAAUAUUCGAUGGUUUCAACACGCCCAUAGACAUUGGCAGCUCAUCUAUACUAAAUCCAAUAAAAUAUUCUAAAUAUGGAAGCAAAUUUGACGAAAACUCCUCUAGUACUAAUACAAAACUAUUUGAUAAUGAUAUAAUGUCGGAUGCGGGUGAAAGUAAUUCAGAGAACACCUAUGGGUACGAGAUCUGUUGGGACAGUAUUUGGACGAUUUUUUUUAACGGCAUUUUUUUCUUAACAUUUCACUCAUCACUACUGGCCUCUAGAAUAUUUGGUACAAUUCAUUCGAACAAAAUUGCAAUCGAGACUUGUUCUCACCUAAGUAAAUUUCCAUUAUCACUCGGAUCUAACGCACUAAAGACUCCAAUAAUCUCCGAGACGGUGUUCAUGCUUAUAUUUUUGUCGUUCAUUACUUACGCCAUGUGCAUCAGGCGUACAGGAAAUCCAUACUCCUUAAAGCACUUUUUUUCACUAUUCUUUUUUUUUGAAGAAUGUAAAUUUUUUGGAUCCCUGCGAUUAAUUGUGCAACUUGCAAUAUUCUCUUAUGCAUUUACUAUCAUUGGGAUGAUAUCGAUAUACCGCACAUGUCCUAUACUCCAUGUCAUUUCUGGAAUUUCAUUUGGCUUUAUUUCUCUAUGGUUAUUAGUUGUGUUGUCACAUCUGUUACAAAUCGAUCAACCAAGGUACAAUUUUACACCCACCCUUUCGUUCACUUGGUUAUGGCCGAUAGUUACUGUUUUUUCAGUUUGGUUAUGCGGUUAUUUAUUUUAUGUAUCCGUUUAUGGCCCGUGCUUUCAAACACCUUACCCUUAUAUACAUCUAGUGACAAUAAUAUCGUUCCUUUUAAUCACAAUCACCAAGGGAUCUAAAAUAUUUGAAUGGACGCAUCCAUUCACUAAUAUCAUUAAUAUGGGCUAA